UCAGGUCUGUGCUACAAUAGCAGGAUCCGUUAUUUGGAAAAAUCUGAAGUCACUAAAAGAAAGGAGAUAUCCUGCCCAGACAUGGAUGACUUUAAAAAGUCCGAUCAGGAGCCUGAUGUUGUGUGGUACAAGGAAUGCAAGCCAAAAAUGUGGAGAAGCAUCAUAAUACAGAAAGGAAAUGCCCUUCUAAUCCAGGAAGUUCAAGAAGAAGAUGGGGGAAAUUACACUUGUGAGCUUAAGUAUGAAGGAAAACUUGUAAGAAGAACAACUGAAUUGAAAGUUACAGGUAAGCCUCUGAACAUCCCUUGCAAAGCAUUCUUUGGAUUCAGUGGAGAGUCUGGACCAAUGAUUUACUGGAUGAAAGGGGAGAAGUUUAUUGAGGAACUGGCAGGUCACAUUAGAGAAGGUGAAAUAAGGCUCCUCAAAGAGCAUCUUGGAGAAAAAGAAGUUGAGUUGGCACUCAUCUUUGAUUCAGUGGUGGAGGCUGACCUGGCAAAUUAUACCUGCCAUGUGGAAAACCGAAAUGGACGAAAACAUGCAAGUGUUCUGCUGCGUAAAAAGGAUUUAAUCUACAAAAUUGAACUUGCAGGAGGCCUGGGAGCAAUCUUUCUCCUCCUUGUAUUGCUCGUGGUCAUCUACAAGUGCUACAAUAUUGAAUUGAUGCUCUUCUACCGACAGCAUUUUGGAGGUGAUGAAACUGCAGAUGACAACAAGGAAUAUGAUGCCUAUCUCUCUUACACAAAAGUGGACCAAGAUACUUUGGAAUGUGACAACCCUGAAGAAGAGCAGUUUGCUCUUGAAAUACUGCCAGAUGUGCUAGAAAAACACUAUGGAUAUAAACUCUUCAUCCCAGAAAGGGACCUAAUUCCAAGUGGAACCUACAUUGAAGAUCUCACAAGAUGUGUUGAGCAAAGCAGAAGACUUAUUAUUGUGCUAACUCCAGACUAUAUUCUCAGACGAGGAUGGAGUGUUUUCGAAUUGGAAAGCAGACUCCAUAACAUGCUAGUCAGUGGAGAAAUCAAAGUGAUUUUGAUUGAAUGUACAGAAUUAAAGGGGAAGGUGAAUUGCCAGGAAGUGGAAUCACUAAAGCGCAGCAUCAAACUUCUGUCCUUGAUCAAGUGGAAGGGACCCAAGAGCAGCAAAUUAAAUUCUAAGUUUUGGAAGCACUUAGUAUAUGAAAUGCCCAUCAGGAAAAAAGAAAUGCUUUCUCGGUGUCAUGUUCUGGACUCCGCAGAACAAGGACUUUUUGGAGAACUCCAGCCUAUACCAUCUAUUGCCAUGACCAGUACCUCGGCCUCUCUGGUGUCAUCUCAAGCUGACCUCCCAGAUUUCCACCAUUCAGAUUCGAUGCAAAUGAGGCACUGUUGCAGAGGUUAUAAACACGAGAUGCCAACCACCACCUUGCCAGUACCUUCCUUAGGCAACCACCACACCUAUUGUAACCUGCCUCUGACACUACUCAAUGGACAGCUACCCCUUAAUAAUGCCCUGAAAGAUACCCAGGAAUUUCAUAGGAACAGUUCCCUGCUACCUUUAUCAUCCAAAGAGCUUAGCUUCACCAGUGAUAUUUGGUAG